CCCUAACAGUCCUUCUACCAGGAGCCCUGUGGGUCCCAGCCACCGAGAACAGAGUCAGCGUGUUCCAGGAUUAACAACCUCCUCCUGCCCUUGGCAGACACAAAUACACCCCAGUAGCCUAAGUGUGGCUGGGGAGCAGUGAGAGACUCAGCUCCAGCCACCAUCGGGUUAAUGGAUCCGGCAUAAUUAGGAAGCAGUGAGGGUCGGGUAUCCAAACCCCCCAGUCCAAGCCUGGGGGCUGGGCUAUUCUGGGUCUAUGAAUACAUAUGCCUAUUUAUACCACGGGGGUGGCCAGCUGCCUUCUGCUGCAGAGAAGUGCGCAGAGCGGCUGCCGCUGCCGCUGCCACUACCGAGCUGGAUUGACUGCAAUGUCCCGACAGCAACCGGAGAGUGGAAGGGGAAUUUGGCGACAACUGAGAAGCCCCUGAAGAAGACAGCCCAAUCCCGACGGGAUUUAGAGUCCCUUAGGCACCGGUAGGAUGAAACAGACUGACUGAGUAUCCCCAGGAGGUGAGGCUGGAGUCCUCAGGUUGGAGGGAUGGGGAGUACCAUGGACCCCCCGGGGGGUCCCUACCUGAACCUGGGAGCUGUGACUUCCCCAGUGGGCACCACCCGCCUGCUCCAGCUGGCAUUUGGCUGUACCACCUUCAGCCUCGUGGCACACCGGGGCGGCUUCGACGCCGCCUAUGGGACGUUUUGCAUGUCAGCCUGGUGUUUCUGCUUUGCCCUCACUGGUCUGGUGGUGGCCUUUGAGUUCACCCGACUCCAUGGCUGCCUCCGUCUCUCCUGGGGCAACUUCACCGCGGCCUUCGCCAUGCUGGCCACCCUUCUGUCUGCCACGGCCGCCAUUGUCUACCCCCUCUAUUUUACCAGGCUCGAGUGCCCCCCGGAACCAGAAGGCUGCACCGCCCGUGACUUCCGCCUGGCUGCCAGCGUCUUUGCGGCUUUAGUCUUUGUCACUUAUGCCACGGAAGUAGUCUUGACAAGGGCUCGGCCGGGCCAGGUCACCAGCUACAUGGCCACGGUGUCGGGCUUGCUGAAAAUCGUCCAGGCUUUUGUGGCCUGCAUCAUCUUUGGGGCCCUGGUCCACGACAGCCGCUAUGGGCGCUUUGUGGCCACCCAGUGGUGCGUGGCCGUGUACAGCGUGUGCUUUAUAGGCACCGUGGUGGUGGUAGGCAUGAGUGUGACCGGCAGGGCCGGGACCCUGGGCUUCCCCUUUGACCGAAUAGUGGUCGUGUACACCUUUCUAGCUGUGCUGCUUUACCUUAGUGCAGCUGUGGUCUGGCCUGUCUUUUGCUUUGACCCCAAAUAUGGGACUCCCUCAAGGCCCUCAGGCUGUCCUCAAGGAAGCUGUCCGUGGGAUAGCCAGCUGGUGGUGGCCAUCUUCACUUAUGUCAACUUUCUCUUUUAUGCUGCUGACCUGGCCUACUCCCAGAGGAUCCGCUUUGUGCCCAGUCUGUAGGACCAAGAGAGCGAAUGCCAUCUUCUGCCCACCUACCCACAGAAGAUACCUUCUCCAUUCUGGGCUUCCCUCUUCUCUCUCUAGAUUUACCUGAGGGAAAGAAAAAGUGUGUGGGGAAGGGAGAGCAAAGGGAGAAUAUCUGGGGAGGAGCUGCUGAGCCUUCAAGGAGGGAAGACUGAGGCAGGGAGGACAGCAAACUUAGAGAAGAAAGGAGAUUGACAUUGGGAAGACCACAAUCAAAGAAUGGUUUAGGGAAGAAUAGUCCAUGUGUAGUGUUUAGUAACCCAGGGAAAGGUGUGAUUCUAAAUGGGGAGGAAAGAGUCUUAUAUUGUCUAGCCAGAACAGGAACAUUUGCCUAAAACCCAUUUGCCUCAAAAUUAUUUGCCUUAUGGUAUGAGCUUGGAAGAUCGGUAUAUAUAUAUAGAGAGAGCAACUUGAGGUCAGGAAGUGUUUUAUUUUAUUUAUCAUAUCCUCAGGAAUUAGCACUGCGUCCAUAGAAUGCCUCAAAUGUCUGUUGGAUUUCAUUGGUUUUUAUUAUUUUAAUGUCACGUUAUCAGUGUUGUUGUUAUUACUUUUGUUUUAAAAUUUAUUUCUGGAGAAUUACUUUUUAGCAGGUGAUUUGUCUGGACCUCCCUUCUUGGAGACCUUUAGUCUAAUCCCCUCAUUAUACAGUGUGCCUUGCCUUUUUGCUUCCUAUUUCUUGGCUCUUCACUGAACUAGCAAGAAGGAAAGAUUGAAUCUGGAGAGCAGCCAGGAGGAGGCUGGGGAUGGAAACGAAUAGCAUUUCUUAUGGAAUGAGAACCCAGCUAUAAUCCACUACUACCUGGCAAGAACACAUGGGGACAUAGAAUUCUGUGGAAAUGAUGCAUUGCAAGAAACUAAAAUACCCUGGGACUUUCCCAUGCAAUGAAGGCCAAUGUUUGGGGUCAAAAAGUCUGGAGUAUCUUGAGUAGCAUAGUUUCCCCUUUAACUUCAGUUCCUGGACUUCUGGAUUCCCAUAAGGAGCAGCAAGUUUACAUUCAAUUAGACCAGCACCUCCCUUUCAAAAGGCCACUACUAAAAAAUCUGGGAUGAUCCCAUAUCAUGGAAAAAAGUUGACCAUGUCAUCCUCUAACUCCAUCUUGGUUUCACCCCCAUCAUUUUUCAGCCUGUGGCUCCAGAGAACUUGAGCACAACAGCUUCUAAGUUCUUCUUAAUCUUUCAGGAAGUACCUAAAAAUGGAAAUAAAGUGGAAGUUGAUUUGUA